AUGGAAGAAGAACUUGAUCAAUUUGCAAAGAACAAUGUCUGGGAUCUUGUACCAAAGCCAAAAGGUACCCACGUUAUUGGAACAAAAUGGGUGUAUAGAAACAAACUAAAUGAAAAGGGAGAAGUGGUCAGAAACAAAGGACGAAUGGUACCACAAGGUUAUAAUCAACAAGAAGGCAUUGACUACAACGAAACAUUUUCUCCUGUCACCAGAGAAGCUGGAGAGAGGUUGCAUGCUUGUCUAGCCAGAGAGGCAGAGGAAAGAGCUCGCAAAGAAGCUGAUGAAAAGGCUAUCUUAGAAGAAGAAGAGAAAGCAAGAGAAGCUUCAGAAAAGGUCUCGGUUGAGGCUGCUGUUGUUGUUGAAGCUGAAGCCAAAGCCAAGGUUGAUGCUGAAGAAGCAGCAUGCAUUGUUGCGGAAGAGUUUCCAAGGCUAAGGAUGCUGCUUUGA